CAACUGACUCGCAAUCAGCGGCAUCGGAUGUUAGAACAGCGGCGUGCCAUCGAGGAGCAGAGGCAUCAGGAGUCCGCGCGAAUGGACCGCGACCGGAAGAUCUUGGCUAUUGUGAGGGAUGAGGACAACGUGGACAAGAAGAGGUUUUUGCGACAGGUGCAGGAAGAGCAGAAAGAGAGGGAGAUUGAGAACGCCAUGGUACAGGCCCAGCAAGAGAAAAUGUUGAAGAAUAAGGAACUUGUACAAGAAGAGAAACUAGCAAGAGAGCUGUCUCGCAUCAACCAUGAGAGGCAAAGAGAAGGCAAGAUGAGGCAGUUUGUUCGAGAGAACAGCCUUGAGCUUCGAGAAUUGGAGUCAAAGUUGAAACUGGCCUACGUGAGCAAAGAGCAAGUGGCACAGAUGGCGGAGCAUGAAGCUAUCAAGUGUGACAUAAUGCGUCAAGAGACUGAGCUUUAUAACCAGAUGAAGAGCAGGUUCGACGAGGCGACCAUGGAAGAGGAGCGACAGGAGCAGAGGAAACAAGAAGAGCAGCUCCAGUACAUACAGCAGCUCAACCAGCAGCUCAUUGAGCGAGAGCACAAGAGACAAGUGGCCUACGACGACUUCCUCAAGGAGAAGCUGAUGGUGGACGAGAUCGUGCGCAAGAUUUACGAAGAGGAUCAAAUGGAGCGACAGAAGAAGUUGGAGCGGGUUCGCGCUACUCAGAAGCAUAUCGUGGACUUCAAGACGCAGCGGGCUGAGUGGCAGCGUUUGGAGAAAGAAAGGAUGGAGGAGGAGAACAGACGCCUCAGGGAGUUCGUAGGCAGGCAAAAGAGUAUGAAGGCGGACUGGAUGGCCAAAGCCAGAGCGCGAGAAGACGCAAUACAGAGCAUCAGAAAUACGCUCGCUCAAAAAAUGGCUGAGGAGAACAAACAUCGUGACGACAUGGACAGAAUUCGCCAGGCGCUUUGUCUCGAGGAACAAGAAGAAGCUUUUAGGAAGAAAGACAUUGAAGAAAUGGAGAAGAACAUCAGGCAGAGGCUGAUGCUGCAGAAAACCUGUGAGGAGCAAAUGGCCAUGAAGGAGAUGCGUCGGCGGGCGGAGAAAGAUGAAGAGGCGGCCUUCCGGAAAAUGACCAUGGAAAAGUUUGCGGAGGACGACCGCCUCGAGCAGUUAAGCGCCCAAAAGCGACGCAUGAAAAUUAUGGAGCAUAAACGCGAGGCGGAGAAGCAGAUUGACGACAGACGACGGCAGCACCAGGCCGACAAGGAUAUGAAGGCUAAAGAAGAAGCAGUAGAGCAGGAGAGACAGGCAGUGUGCAGACAAAUUAUUGAAGAGGAGAGACUAAAGCUUCUUCAGCGGCACGCCGUUCAACUUCUCGGACACCUACCAAAGGGUUUGCUCCGUGAAGAUGACCUGAAGCACUUUGACGAAGAGUUCAGGAAAAACUUCAAGACGUGUCAGGCAGAGAAUUCUGAAACCAAGGCAGAGACAACUGAUUGA